AUGAAAGAGGCGAUGCCGAUUGGGUUCUGCUCUGGCAUGCUUCCCGCAGUCAUUCUUGCAAUUAGCAACACAACUGAAGAGUAUAUUCGGCUCAGUGGAGAAGCUAUCCGUCUAUCAUUUUGGAUCGGGUACAGAGCUGCAGAACUGAGCAUGCAAAUUUCGGGCGAUGAACGACAAAGUCACCCCUGGGCUUUAUCAAUCUCUGGAAAGGACGAGGAAACGAUAAAGAAAGAUGUAGAUGCUUUCAAUGAGAGUGUUUAUGAGUCAUCUCAUGUUAGGGUCGCUUCGAGAUUCGGCGAAACCUCUUUCAGUCUCGUCGGCCCAGGCCAUGCAUUAGUGGCAUUUCAAUCCCAGCAUUCCUUCCCGUCAUCCACUGCGGAGCCGGUGCACGUUCACGCACUAUACCAUGGAGGAGACAGGGCAUUGAAAACACUAGCUACGGUGCUGGAUGAUGUUAAGCGCAACAAAAUCUUAUUUCCAUCUUUGACAGAGAUGACCCGAUCAAUCUGGUCAUGUCAUGAAGCAUCCAAGGUUGACGCGAAAACUCUUGCAGACAAAGGCGUCUCACUUGUGGAAUAUAUCCUUCGCCUCAUCCUGCUGGAUACCGCGGAUCUAUUCAAGACUUGGCUAUCAAUUGUCAAUAGCAUCUCUCCUUCAGAUGUCGAUCUGCACGUGGUCACUGUGGGACCUGGGUCGAGUGCCUUGUUGGCAUCAGUGUGCAGAGACAUACCUCAGCGCACUGAGACAAUCUGGACGGACAUCCCGGGAGCUACCGCCGGGGGGAAUCUACCGCAAGUUGACGGGUUUGCGAUUGUUGGGAUGUCCGUUGAUUUCCCCCUGGGUGCUGGAAAAGACGCCUUUUGGGAAAUGAUAGAGACCGGUUUGAACGCAGCACAAGAAGUCCCGGGAACCAGAUUUCACGUAAACGACUACAAGCCCGAGACCCGUAAGGGUCCGCCAUCACGGGAAAUGAAAACAAGCCAUGGGAACUUUCUCACCGACCCAUUCCAGUUUGAUCAUGAGUAUUUCGGCAUCUCGCCUCGAGAGGCUAAGUCAAUGGACCCACAACAGAAGCUCCUACUCCAAGGGGCAGUCCACGCCAUGGAAGAUGCAGGAUAUGUACCUAAUGGAGCACCUUCAUUCAAUCCCGAGACCAUGGGGUGCUACAUUGGAGUCGCCACCAAUGACUACGUCCAAAAUCUAGCGAGCGAGGUCGAUGUGUAUUAUUCGACAGGAACCCUGCGUGCCUUUCUGAGCGGAAAGAUAUCAUACGCAUAUAGCUGGGGCGGACCCUCCGUUACGAUCGAUACGGCAUGCUCUUCGUCACUUGUGUCGGUAGUCGCGGCCUGUCGGGCUCUCGCCCAUGAUGAUUGCACUACCGCAUUAGCCGGUGGCGUUAACGCAAUUACCAGUCCAGAUAUGUAUCUUGGUCUUUCACGGGCCCACUUCCUGAGUCCCACUGGGCAGUGCAAGCCCUUUGAUGUCUCAGCCGAUGGAUACUGCCGCGCUGAAGGGUGUGGCUUAUUCGUGAUCAAGCGUCUUUCAGACGCAAUUCAUAAAGGCGAUCGAAUUUACGGUGUUAUAAAAGAAGCUGAUAUCAAUCAGUGCGGUAACGCCUCAUCCAUCACCCAUCCUGACGGUCAUGCUCAGAAGCAACUCUUCCAAAAGCUCUUGUCACGGAGAAACACAGAUCCAAGCUCAAUUAAUGUGAUCGAAGCUCAUGGAACGGGAACGCAGGCAAGUUCAUUCAGUGACCAGCUCGCCGGGGAUGCCACGGAGGCCUCCAGCAUCAGUUCAACUUUUGGGGGUUCUCCACAACCAGUCUAUCUGACCUCAGUGAAGGGAAAUAUUGGCCAUGCUGAGGCAGCUUCGGGUGCCGCAGGUUUAGCAAAGCUGCUUAUGAUGCUAAAGUUCUCUAAAAUUCCACCGCAGGUCGGGUUCAAUGCAAUAAACCCAAAGUUGCAGAAUCUGGCUGCUCGCAAUAUCCAAAUCCCUACCACCGCUUGCGAGUGGAAACGCGUUGCACCUAAUCUACCACGACGUGCCCUGCUGAAUAACUUUGGUGCAGCUGGCUCAAAUGCUGCCCUGAUAGUGGAGGAAUACCGCUCAAUUUCACGCCGCAAUGACCCUAAAUUGCCCCCAAGAGCUGUAUACCCUCUCACUUUGUCCGCAAGGAAUGCCCAUGCGCUUCGAGCGCUUAUUGAUUGCUAUUCUGGGCAUCUUCGUAGCAAGAAGAUUGUGAUUCAAGACUUUUGCUACACUGCAACUGCUCGGCGGCAAAAGCAUCAGCACAUUCUCUCACUUUAUGGAGGAACCAUAUCGGAGCUUGUCGAGAAGCUUCAACUUCACCGUGACCUCGAAAAUCCAUUAGCAAACUACGGAGAAAAUCAUCCCAUUGUCUUCGUCUUCUCGGGACAAGGCAGCUUCUAUUCCGGAAUGGGCCAACAACUUAUGCUUACGGUGCCAGUCUUCAAGAGCAGAGUUAAAGACUGCGACCACGUGCUUGAGCAGAAUGGCUUUGAUAUCACCCCGAGCAAAGUUCUUGAUGGUUCCUUUAGUCCUGAAUCUGCUGCAGAUUGUGUUUUGUGGUCACAGGUCGCAUGCUUUGUCCUGGAGUACGCCCUCGCAUGCCUGUGGAUGGCGUGGAAUAUCAAACCUGAUGCGGUCAUUGGUCAUAGCCUUGGAGAAUAUUCUGCUAUGGUCAUUAGUGGGACUCUGUCACUACAAGAUGCUUUGUUGCUCAUUGUGGAACGCGCACGAUUGAUGGCGUCGUCGUGUCAGAUUGGAGAGUCUACUAUGCUUGCAUGCAAUACCUCAGCUCCAUCUAUCAAGGGGAUUAUUCGAGAUUCAGGUCUCUCUCAAUUGACAGUCGCUUGCGACAAUAGUGUCACUGAUUCUGUUGUGUCGGGACGAAUCGACCAGGUGGACCAAUUGGCCCGGCUGGUCAAAGAGAAAGGAAUCCGCUGUAAAAGGCUCGAUGUACCCCUCGGAUUUCAUUCAUCUGCAUUAGAUGCAAUGCUUCCUAAAUUACAGGCCAAAUGCGAGGGUCUCUCUUUCUCUAGCCCCAGCAUUCCUUUGGGAUCUUGUUUGCACGGGCGCCUCGUCGAAGAAGGCGAUCUGAACUCCAGCUAUCCAGUUCAACAAACAAGAGGAUCGGUGCGGUUUACCGAGCUCAUUGAAUCCCUGUUAGAACGAAAGGAAAUGCACAAAGCCUCUUUCAUCGAAAUUGGUCCCAGUCCGAUUACAUUGCCGAUGAUCCGAGCCAAGCUCUCUGGGCAGGAUGCUAUCUUCUUACCCUCCAUCGCAAAGGGCCAAGACCCUUGGAUAACCAUGAGUCAAGCUCUGCAGCAAUUGAGUCUGCGGUACAACUCAAUUCAGUGGCGGGCUGUUUUUGAUGGCACGGAUGCCCAUGUCGUGGAUCUUCCCGACUAUCCAUUCCAAACACAUUCGCUGCAUGUCCCAUUCAAAGAAUCCGCCCUCAAGGAAACCGUAUCUUCGGUUUCCCGAAGUCCAAGACCGCCAGUAUUUCAUUUACUCGAAGAAGCAAUUGGUUCUGUCCCAGAAAAAGGAUUAUCGACAUUCAGUACGAGCCUAGGUGCCUUGUCAAAAUACAUAGAGGGCCAUUCGGUUAAUGGCUCUCCGCUAUGUCCGGCAUCCGUAUAUCAUGAAAUGGUCCUUGAAGCUAUGCAUUCAAAAAAUGCACCCGCUCAGCAUCGACUGGCUGUGGUCAGUAAUAUCGAAUUUGGUCAUCCGCUUGUCUACUCGCCAGAAAAGAAAUCUUCCACUGUGAUCUUAACGACGGAGGAACCUCCAAUCGCUGUCUCUGGAAGUAACCUUGGAAGUUUCAAAUUUGUCUCACCCCCAGCAAUAGACUCUAACUCGGAGAAGAUUCUUUGUACCGGUCAAACGGCAUGGCAGUCCUCUGUGGAUGCGAAAGCAUAUCUUGCGCGGAAGCAAGCCUACGCCAACAGACAGAUGAGGCUACUGAAAAGAAACCGGAGCCAGACAAACACCUUGCAUCGCAAUGUGAUCUACAACAUCAUAUUCCCUCGAGUCGUCGCGUACUCUGAGCCAUAUCAAUCAAUCACGGAACUGCACGUUGCCGAGGGCGACCUUGAAGGCUACGGGAAAUUUGAGGUUCCAACGAGCGCUCUCAGUGGAGGUAUUGUAUCUCCGGUCUUUAUCGACACCCUGUUGCAUGCAGCCGGAUUUGUCGUCAACAGCCAGGCCAAGCCCACCGAAGCAUUCAUUUGCAGCAAGGUCGAUUCAACGGUGGUGCUAUAUGCCGACAUCAACCCGCAGGACACUUUCCUUGUAUACUGUAGCUUGCUGGAGUAUAGUGAGGGAGAACGCAUUGGCGAGGCUUUUGCAAUGACGCUCGACGGCGAAGUUGUCGCUAGUAUUGAAGGAAUGGUCUUCAAACGCCUCAAUCUCCGAUCAUUCGCUAGUCACUUGUCUCGUCAGGCUGGGCAGAAGCCCACUAACGAUAUCCAGGAGCGGUCAGUCUUGCCUCGCAGCAAACCGUCGACGCCGGCUACACGCCCUUCUGGGCCUACAAUAUCGGAUCCAACGAGUAUAGUGGUUGACCUCAUUUCCAAGUUAUGUGAGCAACCGAGGGAAAUGAUCACUCCUGAGAAGAGGUUAGAGGAUUUAGGGAUUGACUCGCUCAUGCAAAUCGAGUUUUCCCACUCUCUCUUCGCCCAGUUCCCACAGUUGAAUCCUGAUGACAUCAUGGGAUUGGAAACUGUUCGCGAUAUCCAGAAAUAUAUUGUUAACGUGUCUGGUGGCCAAUUCGGAGUGUCCUUCAUCCACGAUGAACUCAGCAAUGAUGAUUCUGACCACAGCGACAAUAUUUCCUCAACCACUGCAUCUGGAAGGCUCACUCCCGCAACGGAGUUGAACGCCAAUCCAAAGGAUGUGACCGAUUGUCUCAUGCAGUUAGUAGCAGAGACUUGUGGAUGUGCCCCUUCGGACCUCAGCGAAAGCACAGCGCUUCAUUCGCUUGGAAUGGACUCUUUAAUGUCCAUUGAGUUUCAGGAAGGGAUGAAGAAAGAAUUUUGCAACGAGCUGCCGCAAGAAAUGUUUUCUCCAACAAUGACAAUUGGCAAACUUGCCAAAAUGCUCGUUGCGGACAUCAGUCUGCCCAGCAGCGAAGACUCCGCACCUCUGAUGGAGAAAUCAAUAAACGAUACCGCUUCAGCGCAGCGGGACAUGGGUGAUUUUGUCGUGCAUCUGCAACAGGGACACCAUGAUCGUCCUCCGCUGAUUCUGUUGCACGACGGUAGUGGACUGAUCGAAAAAUACAAAUCUCUUUCCAAGCUAGGAUGCAACAUGUUUGGCAUUCGUAACGCAGAUCUCGCUGUGCAGCCGCAUUGGGCAGUGAGUCUGAAAGAUAUGGCUAGUCGAUAUGCAGGGUUGAUUUCCUCUGUCAUUGAGGCAAAAGAAGUGGUCCUCGGCGGGUGGUCCUUUGGUGGUAUACUCGCCCAUGAAGUUGCACAGCAGCUAGAUAAAAAGGGGCAUACAACUGUCGCCGUUAUUCUCAUCGACUCUCCGUGUCCAUUGAAUCACCAGUCUCUGCCUUCUCAGGUGGUCGAUUAUAUUCUGGGUCCCAAAAAAUGGCCGCAAACGAUGUUUAACAAUAUUUCUUCGCAGUUUCACAGCCACGCUCAGUUUCUCGCAGAUUAUAGCAUACAAAAGCCAAUUCCAUUGGCGAGAAAGUAUGUGAUGCUGCACAGCAAAGAGUAUCGCGCUCUGGAGCUUCGCCAAUGGGAGAGCCUACUCAAUCGCCCUCUGAUAGUAUACGACAUUCCAGGAAAUCAUUUCGAGCCAUUCAACAGCGAGAAUGUCGAGAUUGUCUCCGAGAAGUUGAAGAAUGCCUAUGACCAGGUGGUGGAGGCAGACUAG